AUGUCAUCCUCAUUUCCCCUCCUCCGUCUUCCUCGAUUGGUCCUGUUCGAGGUAUUCAAGUCAUUGAGUAUCGGUGAGAAAAUCAAGCUCUCCUUCUGCUCCAAGAAAAUCUCCACUCAAAUCUAUAACUGUCGUUUGUACUCUCAAAAAGUCAUAGUCGAUCUGGACAUCUUUCACCAAAAAAUUGAAGUGUCCUCUGAGAACAACAAAGAGCCAUUUGAAAUCUCCAUUCGGCAAGAUCCCAGAAAAACUAUCAAUUCAAAAACUCAACAUAUUUUUAUCGCAUGUUAUACUAACGGAAUCACAAUAUUCUGGGAGAAUCAUCGAGAUGGAUAUCUAUCUGUUAUUCGACAUAUAUCGAAGAUGUUUCAAUGCAAGUUUUCAAUUAGUAAUAAUAUUCAUAGUGAUCUAUAUCAACCAGUAGUUUCUGAGUUGUAUGAUCUACAACAGGAAUUCAAGAAGUUCACUAUUGAUCUUAAUAUAUCCAGUAAAUUUGGACUGGUUGAAGAUCUCAUAAUCUCAUCUAUUCGAAAUCCUGGUUUCAAACCAGUUUUCACUUCAUGGCCACAAAAUAUUAAUAUUAUGGGCUCCGAUUGGUUCACUUUAAAAUCUAUUUUAGCGUGCACUUGCAUUACAAUUACACUCGAGAAUUCUUCUCUGGAAAUCAAGGAUAUGAAUGAGAUACUCAAAAACUGGAAAGCUGGAGGAUUUCCAAAUCUAAAGCGUCUGGCGAUUAAUAGCCUGAGGUUCAAGAAUAAUGGAGAACAGAUUCUGGGAAUUAAUUGGAUGGAAUUAAACCGGAAGGUUAUACAAUCUGAUGAUGGAUCAAAGAAGGCAACGAUUAACACUUAUCGCGGUCAUAUUGAAAUGUCUGUAACUCCAUUUUAA